AUGCGGCACAAGAUCGGAAAGGGCGUCUUGCUCACCGCAGGAUUCUCGCUCCUCCUCACAUGUGUAUUUUACCUUGCCCAUGACACCGUGCUACACAACUCUCGAAUCAUCGGAUGGCAAGCAUACACCGCCAUAGAUCUUCGGCCUUCCUCCAAAUCAGCCUCUGCUGUUACAGAUGCAGUUGCCAACACUGCCGCCGACAUGGUUGGCCAGUUGUACGAUGAUAUGUUUCCACUCGAUGUGUUCGCCCCCCUCCUACCUAACCCAGCGCCCAUCACAGAGAUCGCCGUCAAAGGCUGUCUGCCCCUCACCAAGUGUCAGCCCAAGACGUCACCUGCAGACGAUGCGUUGCUCGGCAAAUGGGUCAAAGUCGAUCGGAGCCUGAGUCCAGCUGGUCAGCUAGGCGCUUCUGCGGGCGGUAUACUAAAAAAUCUAUUUGGAAGCAUUGAACAACGCUAUCUCUUCUAUCGAAAGUCGAGGAGAAGAGAUGUACAGUCUGUGGUGGAGCUUCGGCUAGUCGAAGAAGGUCAGACUCCACCCAGAGGUGACGAUGGCUGGCACAGAGUCAAGAACAAUUUGCGGUCCAAGGUGGUACGUAUGAUGUCGGGGCAGAAAGGGUUACAUCUCUACUACCGAGCUAUCUUGCCCGCUCAGCGCGUUCAAGAGAAGCUGGAAUCGUGGAGUCGUGACGGAAACAUAGCCAUGGAUGCCAUCACAGAGCUCGACCUUGUGUACGGUGACAACCCCCCCUGGCCCGGUUUUGCUGCUGCCGGCAUCGUCUCGGAUUCGCACCCCGCCAUGGCAUCUGCUCGUGUCACGCUCACCUAUCGACGAAAACCCACACGCAAGCCGACGCUCACUCGGCUCCGAUUUAAACCAGACGGGACGUUCAAGAUUCUUCAACUGGCUGAUCUGCAUUUCUCGGUGUCCCCCGAACCUUGCCGUGAUUACGAUGCCAAGGAUCCGCGUUGGUUCUCGCGUGGCUGCCUGUCCAAGAACGAUACCCUUUCGCUGGUCAACAACUGGCUCGAUACCGAAAAGCCCGACUUGGUGGUUCUGACAGGUGACCAAUUGAAUGGUCAAGGUACAUCGUGGGAUCCGUACAGCGUUCUUUCACUCUGGACGGCGCCGUUGAUCCAACGAAAGAUUCCUUACGCUGUCAUUCUGGGCAAUCACGAUAGCGAGUCUGGCCCGUUAUCACGUGCCGAGCAGAUGCAGAUCAUCAGCAACAUGCCGUAUUCGUAUAGUUCCGUGGGCCCUUCCAUGGUGACAGGCGAGGGGAACUACUAUCUCAAUAUCGAAUCGCCAUUGGUGGACAGAGGACACGUCGCAACGUUGUGGUUCAUGGAUACGGGCACGCAUGCCGACAAGGACAAGUGGAAGCCCUGGGCCAAACCUGGCUACGGCUAUGUGCACAAGGAUCAGAUCAAAUGGUUUGAGCAAAAGUACGCGGCGAUCAAACAGACGUUGCUGCCGUACAAACCAGACGGAGCGCAGGAUCUUGGAGCGCAAGCUUGGAGGAAGGACAAAGUGUGGGAUGCAGGUGAUGCAGAUGGUGGACAAGUGCUGGGCCGACCUCCCAGUGUGGUGUUUAUGCACAUUCCGGUACCUGAAAGUAUGAACCCGGUGGAUCAAGGCGUGCUUCCCAAGGUGGUCAACCCCACGCAGCCUUGGAGAUCGUCGAGCGAGAAAGCUGGUUUGGUCGUCGGCGAUAGAAAAGAAACGGCUACCUACAAAGGCGCACAGGCGCAGCCGGGCAUCUUUGACCUCUUCACUACCCUCAACGCCCACACUUCCGCACCAUCAUCCUCCACGCCUCACUACACAUCCCCGACCACACACGAUCAGCCCAACCGAGGCAUUCGACUGCUAGUGCACGGACACAUGCAUCUCAAUUCCGACUGUAGGCGCGUCCAGAACAUCUGGAUCUGCUUCGGAGGCGGCUCCUCACUUGCUGGCUACGGUAGCCCUAACAUCCAGAGACGAGCACGAGUGAUCGUGCUCGAAGAUUGGGCUAGUCGAAUCAGAACGUAUCAUCGCAUCAGCUCGGCGCGAUCCGAAGAGGCGGACAAAAGGUUCGACGAGUUCGUGCUCAACUAUGGCAGCAACUAG